GACUUAAUUUUUCUAGUAUAAAAAAUAUUGAUCUAUUCGUUUGGGAAUAUUGCGACGAGAUUUUUAAGAAGGAAGAUCUGAUAAGAAAUAAAGUCAAAAUGUACUGUAAUUGCUAAGGUAUUGGGCAUUGGAAGCAUUUGCAUUGGCAUUUUGCAUGUGAAGAGAAAUACGACAAAAGGUAAAAAUGAAGCAUUGGAGGAGAACCUUGGUCAUUUUGAUCUUCGCUUGGGAAAUCGUGGACGCGGUGUCUACAAUUUCUCGGCCGGAGAAUAUUCUCUUGGAUCUCCUAGCAAGACCAUUUGCACCCACUGAAGGAGCUUCCAACGAAUGCAUAAGGGACAGCAAGAUAUACUUCGCGGAACUGCGCAAGUAUAAUCCUUGGGCUCUGCAAAUGUACGAUGCGUCCGCAAAAAUUCCUCCUGGAGUAAUAAGUGGUAACAUACAACAAUUGGGAAAUUAUGACGAAUGUUUACAAAUCAAAACCGAUCAAAAUUUUAUAGCACAAGCUUGCAGUGCUUCGGUGCAAUUUGAAAUUCUUAAAGGUCCGAGAAGAUCUUUGGAAUUGGAUAUGAAAGAUCUACUUCUUCAAGUCGCUAAGGCUGCGAAUUUAAAAAAUGUUCCUGAUAAUUCAGUGGAUUAUGAAUGGACAUGGUGUGUGCCAUCAACCUGUAAUCACUCGGAGAUAUCAGAAGCUCUCGAACUUGCUCUAGAUCCUCUCAAAAUAGAUGGUCGGCUAGAUUUUGCAGUGAGUGUUAAUGCAAAUUCCUGCCAUACUGUUGUUACGGAUAAUAACAAAUUUGAUAUCGUCGACUGGUCCUAUAUUGGCGUUUUGCUGACUUUUUUGACGAUAAUCAUAUCUAGUACCACUUACGACCUCUAUGCAAAACGCAAAGCUGAGGAGUCAAAGUGCAAAGAUGUCAAACAUAGUUAUCUCAUAUCAUUUUCACUUUAUUCGAAUGGGAAAAAUUUACUAAGCACCGAGAGAUCGAGGGAUAUGAUUGGUUGCCUCGAUGGACUGCGUUAUAUCAGUAUCUGCUGGAUUGUAUAUGGACACACGUUCUAUACGGAAGCAGUGGGAGUGAAAAUGGAUCGCAGCCGUAUUCCAAAGUUACACGAGGAUUGGAGUUCGCUGCUCGUCUUAAACGGCAAUAUCAUCACCGACACAUUUUUCCUACUUAGCGGCAUUUUAUUGGCUUACACGUCAUUAGCCAAAAGUACUAAGGAAGCUAAUUCAUCGGUUAAUGUCUUCAAUCUGUAUCUCAAUCGCUAUUUCAGAUUAACGCCAGCAUACGCAAUUGUAAUUGGCUUUUAUUCGACGUUAUUUGAAAAACUUGGCUCUGGACCUCGAUGGAAUAUCUGGAUACACAGCAAUAAAUUAGAUUGCCGUGCCAAUUGGUGGACAAAUCUUCUCUAUAUAAAUAAUUAUGUCAACAUUAGCAAUAUUUGCAUGUCACAAAGUUGGUAUCUAUCCGUUGAUAUGCAGCUGUUAUGGAUUUCACCCAUUUUUCUUUAUCCAAUGCUUAAAAGCAAUAAAGGAGCAUUAUUUUGGAUUAUAGCGAUUACUGGAAUCAUUUUAUCAGUACUGAUACCAUUUUUCGUAACGUUUUUUCUUAAAUUAACUGGAACAAUGCUGUAUUACAAAAGUAUGCAAGAUGUGACAAAUGUGUAUUUGCAAAUUUACACCAGAGUUUAUGCGAGAGCUGGACCUUACAUAAUUGGACUUUCUUUUGGUUAUCUUUUGUUCAAAACGAAACAUUACAAAAUAAGAAUUUCUACGAUUUAUAUUAUAUGCGGUUGGUUGAUAGCUAUAACAGCGGGAAUAUCAGCAAUUUUAGGACCACGUGGAAUGUAUUUCAAUAAUCAUCCUUACAACAAAUGGGAAGCGAGCUUUUACGCGGGCUUACAUAGACACAUCUUCACGUUGUCUGUUUCCUGGAUCAUAUUUGUCUGCGUGAAUGGAUAUGCAGGACCUCUCAAUGCCUUCCUAUGCUGGCGUGCCUGGAUACCUUUGUCAAAGCUCACGUACAGCGCCUACCUCAGCCACUAUAUCGUGCUGCUCUACAAUAUCGGAAGUGUUCGCACACCCGGGAGAUUGUCGACAUUCAGUGCCCUACACGCCUUCUUCGGGAAUCUCUGCUUAACAAUGUUCCUAUCGCUCUCCCUCAGCUGCUGCUUCGAGAUGCCCUUUAUGAUCUUAACGCGACUGAUCCUGACGCCCGGAAGAUCCAAGGAUAAGACAGAACUGAUUUUCGGCUCGACGAACUCGGGCGAGGGCAUUUGCAGGUCGAGCGAGGACAUUAAUAAUUCGAGUACAAGUAGCGUUAAUAGCGUUUAUGCCAUUAGUAAAAAUUCCUGCUCCGUGUACGACCUGGACAUUCAGACAGCGACCGCUGGGAAGAUAAUCGAAUCUCGAGACAAUUUGAAUGAUUGUGGAUCGUUUACCCCCACCCGUCCUUAUUAUUUACUUUAGCUUUUCUUCUCUGGUGCUGCAUCGAUAGUAUUAUGUAGAUCAUAAGUGCAUGAAUGAGCUUGAGUUUAUUGUGUAUAGAUAGAAGGAGAGCAACAUUCACUAGUGAAAUCCAAUUGGAAUCUAUCGAGAUCUUGUCUAUUAAGACACGUUGCUCGUUCGUUAUGCUGCAGAGCCAAUUUUACAAAUGAAGUAAGAGCAGAUAUGAUAAUAAAUGCCAAUAUCAAACGGUUAUGAAACGCAAAGUAAUUUUCAUUCAUUUUUCUUUAUCAUUCGAGGACAAAUACGUGACUUUUUACAAGCAUACUGUAUGCGUCUGCUGUAAUAUUCUUCAAAAAUUUUCUACAAAAUCUAAAUUACACGAAAUUUUCACUCUACAUUAUUAUGAUAUUUAUUACUAUUAAUUAUGCGUAAA